CACGGCAUCAGCUCUGUUGUUGACUCGCUGAAUAUGCAAGAAGAAGCAGAAAAAUAAGCAAAUUGCUCAUAAAAACAUAUAUUUUUUUCUUAAAAAUUUAUUAUUUUCUUUUUACGAAAUUGCUUUGUAUUUGCUUGUUAAUGUGACCGAAGGAAUAUAUCAAAAAUGAUGUUUUCCUACAUUAAAGAUUUACUAAAGUAUAGCGUGCAAUAUGCUUGUAUAACGCAUUGUUUCUUCGAAUACGUUGGUGAUUUUGUGGUGUGUAGUGGACCGAGUAUGGAGCCAACAUUGUAUUCGAAUAAUAUUCUGCUAACCGAACGUAUCUCCACACGCUUCCAUAAACCAAAACGUGGAGAUGUGAUUAUAGCCAUUUCACCCACCAAUGCUGAUCAGUAUAUUUGCAAACGUAUCGUUGGCGUGCCAGGAGAUAAAAUUUGCGUGGAUAAACCAUUCGAGAUUAGUCGAACAAAUCAAAACGAUAAUAAAAUUUCUAAUGACUCGAUUGUAAAAUCGAAAAGCACCGUUCACAAAAUUAUUGAAGACAUUGUGCCCAGAGGUUAUGUUUGGAUUGAAGGCGAUAAUAGGCAAAAUAGUUCCGAUUCUAGAUACUAUGGACCCAUCCCGUUGGGCUUAAUAAAAAGUCGAGCAAUUUGUAGAAUAUGGCCCCUAAAUGAUAUAAAAAUAUUAUGAGAGUAGCAAAUACUACAACAAUCCAAAGGUAUAAAAAUACAACUCUGUAUUCUUUUGGUUUCUCAAAAUUGAAUAUGAAUAAUGAAUAAAAAGCACUGAACAUA